GAACCCAUGACCUUGCACAAGCUAGACAAGCGCUGUGCCCCUGGGCCAUACAUCUUGUACCUCAGAUUUAACCCAACCCCUGGGUCUUUCCCCGCUGCCUGCCCUGGUCCGUGCUGUUAGUCCCCAUUACGGUACGUGGGGUCUGGGAUUCUUCCCUCUCCCGCCCUCAGCUCAUCUCAGGGCAUCCUGCAGCCUGAAUCUACCCUGCCGUGGCCCAUUGGGUCCAGGUACCUGCCCAACCCGAGAGGCCCCUCGUGUCAGCCGCUCCGCGGGAGUCCAGUCCUUCGCUCUCGCCUCCUUCGCAGCAGCACCCCAGGCCUUCCCUCGCGUUUUUGCGUUUUCGUUAACCCCUCAGCGUAGCUCCCCAACCCUUCUCAGCUCUUAGGUUCCUCUCUCGCCCCAGGACCUGCCUAGUCCAGGUACGUGGCGUGACCCCUGCCCAAAAAGCUCCAGGACCGAGGAGAGCUCCCUGCAAAGGGUGCCCCUAACGCCGCGACACCCCGAGCGAGCGGAGUCUGGAGGAAGCUGAACGAGGCUGAGCACUGAGAGCAGCGCGGUCGAGGCCGCGCCGCCAGGGCGCAAGCUCCAGCCGCGGGAUCCCGGGAGCCGCAAGGGGCGGGGGCGGGACCGGUUGCGCUCGGGGGGGAGGAGCCAGCCACCGACCAGCGCAGCGGUGCAGGCGCGGGGAGGGGGAGGCACCGGUUCCCACGCAACACACCAACAGGUCCUACCCCGGGUGAGCCACCGGCCUACAAACCCGCGCCUGUCUGCUGCCAUGUGUACCGCCGAGGUGGACAGGCAUGUAGUCCAGAGAUACCUGCUCAAGCGGCAGCUCGGGAAGGGGGCCUAUGGUAUUGUGUGGAGGGCAGUGGAUCGGAGGACUGGUGAGGUUGUGGCCAUCAAGAAAAUCUUUGAUGCCUUUAGGAAUAAGACAGAUGCUCAGAGAACAUUCCGGGAAAUCAUGCUGCUCCAGGAAUUUGGAGACCAUCCCAACAUCAUCCGCCUCCUCGAUGUGAUUUGGGCAGAGAACAAUACAGACAUAUACCUGGUAUUUGAGUGCAUGGACACUGACCUGAACACCAUCAUCCAGAAGGAAAACCUGUUAGAAGAUAUCCACAAGCGCUACAUCUUCUACCAGCUCCUACGGGCUACCAAGUUCAUCCAUUCGGGGAAUGUCAUCCAUCGGGACCAGAAGCCAUCCAAUGUUCUCCUGGAUGCCAACUGCUUGGUGAAGCUCUGUGACUUUGGUCUGGCCCGCUCCAUCAGCAACUUCCCAGAGGGGCCCAAGAACCAGGCCCUGACAGAGUACGUGGCCACACGCUGGUACCGGGCUCCAGAAGUGCUCCUGUCUUCACGCUGCUAUACCCCUGGAGUAGACGUAUGGAGUCUCGGCUGCAUCUUGGGAGAGAUGCUGCGAGGGCAGCCCCUGUUCCCAGGCUCAUCUACGCUGCACCAGCUGCAACUGAUCCUGGAGACCAUCCCGCCUCCGUCUGCAGAGGACCUCCUGGCUCUUGGCUCAGGGUACAGCGACUUGAUUCUGCACUGCCUAGGAUCCAGGCCACGACAGAGACUGGAUGCCCUCCUGCCACCAGACACUCCUCCAGAGGCUCUGGAUCUCCUCAGGCGACUCCUGGUGUUUGCCCCAGACAAGAGGCUUAGUGCAGCCCAGGCGCUCAAGCACCCCUAUGUGCAGAGGUUCCACUGCCCUGACCAAGAGUGGACACGGGGUACGGACCCGAAGCUCGUGGUGCAUGAAGGAGACCAGCUCUCUGCCUCGGAGUACCGCAGCCGCCUCUAUAAGAUGAUCUUGGAGUGGAGAGACAACAGCCGUGGCCCAAGAAAGGAAGGCAUUGCCCUGGGGACAGAGCCUCGGGCCUCCUGCACACAGGGGCACCUUCUCAAGCCCCGAGUCAAUCCCCAGCUUCCUACUGGAACACCUACCCGAAACUCUGGACCCAGGCCACAGAAUAGCCUGGGUCAAGAUCCAGGGCAUGGUGUGCCUGUCCCAGAUGCUCCCAGGGCAGCCAGGAACAUCCCAAGGCAGGGCUUAGCCUCCUCGCUCCAACCUCAGGCCCUAGGCAGGAGGGACAGGACUUCUGGGGUGGCCAAGGAGCCUCCCUUGGAACCCUCUGGGGUGAAGCCAAGUGUGAAAGGCAUAGAGCCCUCUCUGACUAUGCAGGCUGCUGCCCAGAUGGCCCACCAGGCCCUGAUUCGAGGCCACCCAGCCCGGGUUGUGUUCUGGGUCCCUCCCAGAGCUCCCAGAGAAGCCCCAGAGCCCCGACCUGGUCGGAGGAUGUUCAGCACCUCAGCCUCAUGGGGGGCCCAGGGCGUUGCCAGAGCUGUGCUCGGCGGCUACUCCCAGGCCUAUGGGACUGUGUGCCACUCAGCACUGGACCGCCUGCCUCUCUUCCCUGGACCCCAUGGGUGAGCUGUUUGCCCACCUCACACUUCCUGUUUUGAUUUCCUUGGGCAAAGCACACAAGGUUCCCAUCCUAGCCCUAGUGACUUCUCUAUUAAAGUCUGUUCCAGCACAA